GGUGAGAGAGAGACAGAGAGAGAGAGAGAGAGACAGAGACAGUUAGAGAAAGAAGGGGACUCAGACACUCAGACAGAUGUGACCAAGACAGCAGCUCUAGCAACCAUGGACUUCUGCAAUAUGUGGGUAGAAGAAAUCAGGAUGUCAAAGCCAGUUGAGGUUGAGAACACAGUGGCUGACUCUCCAAUGGAGAGCACAGAUUCAGAGCGGAAUGGUCCUGACUCAAAUCAUCAGCUUCAGCAGAUGAAAAUCAGUCCCUUUCACCUUUCUCCAACCCUCAGCAGCAACAAGAGUAAGAUGGAAGAGUGUGGUGAGAUGUCCCCGGGCCUUCCUCCCCACCACAGCCACGCCCCCUCACAGACACCCCUCCCACACACACAGCUCAUGCUGACUGGCUCCCAACUGGCAGGGUUGACAGCUCUCUUGCCAGCUCAGCAGCAGUUGUUACUGCAGCAGGCUCAGGCUCAGCUUCUAGCUGCAGCUGUGCAGCAGUCUGUUCAGCAGUCCAACGCAGCUCACGCAGCUCACGCAGCUCACGCAGCUCAUGCAGCCCACGCAGCCGCCCAAGCCAAUCAGCAAGCUCAGGCAGCCGCAGCAGCCAAUCAACAUGCCCAGCAGCAGGCGGGACAGACAGGGCAGCAGGGCCAAUCACAGCCCCAGGGACAGAGCACACAGGAACAGACAGGUCAACCUGUUCCUGUCCCGCCCACUCAUCCUCAGCUCACCCUCUCUCAGCCAAUUCAGCUCACCGCCCAGGACAUCCAGCAGUUGUUGCAGCUGCAGCAGUUGGUUCUGGUGCCAGGACACCACCUGCAGUCUCCUCAGUUCCUCCUCCAACAGCACCAAGGGCAGCAAGGACUGCUAUCAACACCAAAUCUGAUUCAGCUACCUCAGCAAAACCAAGGGAGCCUCCUGUCCGCUCCCAGGCUGGGGCUCCAAGCACAGAGAGAUAAGGCUAUGGAGGGCAGUGGGGUCAUGACCUCUGUGUCCUCUGUGACCUCUCACCCCGAGGAGCCCAGUGACCUUGAGGAACUGGAGGUGUUCGCCCGCACCUUCAAACAGAGACGCAUCAAACUGGGCUUUACACAGGGUGACGUGGGAAUGGCCAUGGGGAAGCUAUAUGGUAAUGAUUUCAGCCAGACCACCAUCUCUCGCUUCGAGGCCCUCAACCUGAGCUUUAAGAACAUGUGCAAACUCAAACCACUACUGGAGAAGUGGCUCAAUGAUGCAGAGACCAUGUCCACAGACAGUACUAUGCCCAGCCCCAGCUCUCUGUCCUCUUCCUCAAUGGGCUUCGAGGGCCUGCCGGGCCGACGCAGGAAGAAGAGAACCAGCAUCGAGACUAACGUCCGCGUGGCCCUGGAGAGAGCCUUCAUCACGCAGAACCAGAAGCCUACCUCAGAGGAGAUCCUGUGUAUCGCGGACCAGCUCAGCAUGGAGAAGGAGGUGAUCCGCGUGUGGUUCUGCAACCGCCGACAGAAAGAGAAGCGUAUCAACCCCAACAGUGCCACCCCUCCCUUGCCCAGCCAGCCCCCCCAAGCCCCACCGACGCACAAACCCCCCUGCUACAGCCCACACAUGAUGUCCAGUCAGAUGUCCAGUCAGCUGUCCAGUCAGCUGUCCAGUCAGAUGUCGAGUCAGCUGUCCCAGGCAGUGACCAGCCUCAGCACCACAUUGACCACAAUGUCAUCGUUCUCCCCUCUGAUCCCCAGUGGUCCCACCCACUCAUCUCUCAGCUCCGCCUCCUCCCCAGUGACUCCUCCUCCUCCUCGCAGCACAGCCAGCCCAGCCACUCCCAGCCACAGCACACUGAGUCUCAACACAGGCUUAUGGCGUUUGGGUAAAAAGAAUGGUGACGUGUCUAACUACAUCACCGAUUUUGCUGCAAACUUGAGGAACACUGUGAUGGGAGUAAACACAGGGAACCAGGCUCUGAACCAAGCUCUCCUCAGCAACAACCAGUUGGCUACUAUACAAGCCCUAGCAGCCAGUGGUGGCCAGCUGCCCCUUUCCAGUCUUGAGGGGGGCAGUAAGGUGUUGCUGGGUGGUGCAGGGGGGCAGGGAGGGGGUCUCCAGUCCUCCUUUUUCCUCAACCACCCCGCUUUCCUCCACAUGGGCCAGAAUCCUGGUGCUGGAUUGGUCAGCGCUGCCGUAGCCAAAGCAUCCCAGCCCUCCCCUUUCCCCUCCACCAGUAGCAUAAGCCCCACCCCCUGCUCCCCCUCCCCUUGCUCCAGCCCCGCCUCUUCCUGCGACUUUGAUGAAUUGGCGCACAGCCCAUCCUCAUUGGGAGGGGCUAAGAUUGAGUGACACAGCCAAGUGCCAAUCAGAGAGGAGGAGGAGAAAGGAGGAAACGACAACCUCGCCUUUCAACCAAAGCUCUCUUUUACCACUCUCGCCCUACACUCUCUCUCUCUCCCCCCCAGUCUUUCGAUGCCAAAAAUAUACAGAAUGAAAGAGAGUAGAGGGGGGAGUCAGAAGUGAAAAGGGGGAGAAGGGGGGAAAGAGGAAGAUUGAAACCAAAAAUCUUUAUCUAUCCAAAGUGAUGGAGGAGGCAUCGUGGGACUCUUUAGUCAAUACUGAGCGAUAUCGCACCUCUCCUUUCUGUCUCUCUUUCUUUCCCGGGAAAAUAAACCAAUGACAAAUAACAGGAGUAGAGAUGUGUGUCGAAUCACGUGAACCAAAAAUGACAAAAAUAAACAUUACUGUGUGUUUUGGGAGAAUGGUGACAGGGACAGAAAAAAGAAGUGGAUGAUUUUCUUUGAAAAGCUGCAGGUCUGAAAGAGGAGGAGAUGGGAGGAGGAUUUUAAACCAAAAAUGUACCUGAGGAGGAGAAGAGGAACACACAAUGACAAAAAUCAACAACCAUACCAAAAUCCCAGAAACCAAAAAUACGGAAGGAAAAGCUUUAUCCAAACGACUUGUACAUACGGAUCCUAUCCAGGACCAGGACUCUGCCCCCCCCCACCCACACACACACACACACACACACACGAUAUCCACAGCCGAUCACAUUCAUCUAUCCAUCUGAUUAGUCAUCCACCCUUCAUGUCUGUCAUAGUCUGUCACUCACUUUCACUGCAAUUAUAUUGUUUCUGUGGGAUAUUUUAGAUUGUUAUAAAUGGUUGAUACUUAA